GAACAAACCCUUUGAUCCAUCCCAAUUCUUCAUUCAAUUCCCAAUUCGAAACCCUAAUUUUCCCUAAUAAUCCCCCGCUGCCUGGUUCGCUCUUUCCCGGAACCCUAAAGGGGUUGAAGAGAUAUGAACAGAGGUCGAAAUGAGUAGACUUUCAUUCAGGCCUCGCCCUGUUGAUAUCCACAAGAAGCUCCCCAUUGUCAAAUCCGUCAAGGAUUUCGAAGAUGAUGACACCCCAACUUCCACCCGCAAUUCUCAGCUCUUCCGCCUCGCCGCCGAUCCCCCGGCUGAACCGGAGGCGCCCCCGGCCCCCGCCGCGCCCAAGAAAUACAUCCCUGAAAUACCCACUCCUCAGUUUGUUGUUGUUGACACUUAUGAGAGGGACUAUUCUCGCACUUUUGGCCAGCCCAAUUCCUACCUUCGCGCGAGAGGAGCUCGGGCCGAGCUCGGAGAGUUUGUGGAGUAUGACCUAGACAAUGAGGAUGAGGACUGGCUGUAUGAGUUGAACAAAGAGAAGAAGGUUCUUGCACCUGAAAAGCUUGAAAGUCUUCUUUUUAAGUUGGAGGUUUUGGACCAUAAGGCACGAGAAAGAGCAGGAGUUAUAACUCCUACUCUUGCUUCACCAAUCCCUGUACUUCUACAGCUUGAUGUUGCUAGUGAGGUCUUACUAAAUGAGACUGAGGCUCUUCAAUCUCAGUCUCUCAGAUAUGCUGUUAUCCAGUCUGUUUAUAAUUAUUGGAAAGAGAAGCGUGAACGUUGGCAGAAGCCUGUUUUGCGGCGUUUGCAGCCUCCUCCACCGGUUAAUGACACCAACCCGUACAAUGUCUUUAGACCAAGGGAGAAAACCCACAGACUGCACACAAGAAGGAUGCAAAGAAGGGAAAAUAAUGUGCAGUCAUUUGAAAAGCUUCGCCAGGUUAGGCGCAACCUCGAGCAAGCCAAGACCAUAGUAGAGGCUUUAAUCAAGAGAGAAGAGAAAAAGAGGGAAGUCAUGGAGAAUGAAGUUAGUCUUCAAAUAAUCCAAAUGAAGUACAAGCAUGAAACUGAGCUCCUGGAAGAUAGCUUGGCGCUUCCUGGAUUUCAACCUGUAUCUUGCAAAUUUGGUUCAAGCGAGGAUGAAUUUGUUGAUUCAGAUGAUGUUUCAAAUGGUCGGCCCCGCACGCGGCCUCCUGCAAUACCGAAUCCGCCUUUAACAGAUUCGAACAUAAUUAUGGCUUCUACAGGAACCAUGAAGCAAGAGUUUAGGCGGCGGCAUGCACCACAAGGGUGGCUUCAUAAAAUGGAUCCCCUUGAGCCAGUUUUGUUAUUUACAAGACCUCUAGUUCCAGAGAAGUUGGCAGCAGCAGGCAUUGUACCACCAUCAGAUUCUUCAGUAACAAAUGGAGCAGCCACACCACCUUAUAAAUCCCGAGGAAGAAUUGGCCGAGGAGGCCGAUUGAUAUUUGAUAGGUGGAAUCCACUGAUGCAUACGCCAAUCGACUGUGGGAAUUCUUUUUAUAUACCACCUAAACCUAGACCUGCAACAUACAAUUGAUCUUCUUGCCCCUCAUGUUUCGUCUUGCAGACAACUCAUUGGAAAGAGGUGCGGUAAACUAUUCCUAUGACACGACGGGAGAUUUGGUAAAAUGUGUGGUUGCAUUAACCUUCUGUCAUGCCCGGAUAUUGGAUAUCCAUGGGAGCAUGCCAUUCUUGGAAUUUUGACUUGAAAUUAAGGGUAUUUAUGGAAGGGUAGGAGGGUGGGAGUGUUGUAUUUUCCUUGUUUGUUAAAACUGUAUUCGUCUGUCUGCCCAGGCCUUUCCCAUGUAAAUUUCCUUACCAAUUCAUAUGGCAAUCAGCUAAUGUUGGUAACUUCUCUAUUAAUACAGCCAUUUAGUUUCUUUGA